GAUUUUCAUAGCUACACACUUAUCAAAUAUUCUACUGCUAUACCAGCUUCUCCAAUCGAACUUUCGAUAAAACGUUUAGACGUUAGACGAUGUGUAUUAAGAUAUAUAAAUAGAUUCCAUAACCUUUUUAGUUGUUUUGGAUUUUUAUUUCGUAAUGCUC